UGUGACGUAUGGAAUUCUGUUCACAUGUCCGUGUCCAGGUAGUUUUGUUCUUCAGUCUAAGCAAAUUAUCAAGGACACCCAUGGACAAGUGCAUGGUAAAAAGCAUGGUUUUUAUCAAAACAAAUCUUGACUUAUUUAUAAAUCACCACAAAUCGAACGCCUUGAAAUCAACGCUCUGAAACGAGCAAAACUGGAAUCUGAAAGUCCAAAUGUUGGCCCAUUUUGARCGGGGAAGUUCGGAGAUCGAUUGGUGUGAGGCGAACUAUGAGUUUUCGCACAGCAUUGCCGAGUUCUACAAUACGAUCAGCAACGUCGUGUUUCUCGUAAUCCCACCGUUUUUCAUGUACCUGUUUCGGCCAUAUUCAGCACACAUUGGUCAAGGAAUCAACUUAAUCUUCUUUCUGUUGGUUGUUAUUGGUGUUUGUUCAGCAUACUUUCAUGCAACGCUUAGUCUYGUUGGUCAAUUAUUAGAUGAGCUGGCCAUAUUAUGGGUUAUAAUGGCUGCGUUUGCAAUGUGGGCUCCAAAAUGGAUCAUCAGGAUUUGUCCAUUUUAUGGAAAUAGGCACCGACUUGUAUAUUUGAUGGUCUUGUUCGGUGUAUUUGGUACUUUACUCGGUUUCAUUCACCCCAUUGUAAAUGCCUUUGCACUAUUGUCACUUGGACCACCAUUAGUCAGCCUUCUUGUCUAUGAAGUUAUGGGGAGYCCGAAUAAAGUAGUCCAUCGUCUUGGAUUUUUCUGUACAUUUUUGUGGAUAACCGCUAUAGCAUGUUGGAUUAAUGAUCGUGUUUUUUGUGAAACGUGGAAGAGUUUGUCCUUCCCRUAUCUUCAUUGUGGUUGGCAUAUUCUAAUCUUUGUAGCUUCAUAUCUCGCUUGCGUCAUAGCAGCGUACAUUCAUGCAGUGAAUGAAUUUCCACAAUAUAAACCAUCGAUUAUAUACUGGCCUGAUAAUUCGUAUCAACUCGGGUUUCCAUAUGUGACUGUAAAAGUCGAAAACGGWAAAGACUUGUUGGCUUGAACGAAAUCGAGGAUGAUGGCRUCAUAUGAAAAAUGUUUUGCAAAGAUUUCACGAAAACAGAAUAACAAGAACUAUUUAUAAUUAUUAGUAUUUAAGCCCAAAAAGCGAUAAAAAAAAUUAGGUCAUGAGUUCCAUCAGAAAAGUGACCGUCUCGAUUAUGACAUCAUUUAUACAAACAUUUAUAUUUAUUUUUAGGUGACGUCACUUCUAGCGGUGAUAUUUAAAAUCCAAAGAAUUUAUUUAUUAGRAUUGUUUAUAAGUUUUGUGGUUAUUUAUUAAUAUGUCCACCUUGCUAAAAAUUGGCCUGAAUUGAAAUUCUUUAACAGUUAGUAGAAAAGAAACCGGAAUUAUCACUUUGUAAAUAUUUGUAUGGACAACUAUUGGUAUUUGCUGUAUACUAGAGUGCAAACACUACAAAUGCGUGCAACAUUUCGCAGUGUAGUGCUAAUUAAUAAACACAAGAAAACUUUA